ACUUGUUUUUAAUCUAGAAAAGAGGGUGAAAACAGCAGGAAAGGAGAGAAGAUAGCUGGGAACUUGAGCUGGUGACAGCUGUUUUGUCCCUUCUCUCCUCACCCCUCUUUCAUUCUCUCUCCCUCUUUCUGUCUCUUUCUACAGAGUCAUGGCUGCGUACCCAAAGCGUUUGUAUAAACAUAUAUACAACCGUCCACAAAAUGAUGCCUAUUUACGUGGCCUUAAAUCUGUUAUCAUAAUGAAAAGAUGUGAUUAGAGAUGCUGCCUGUCCCCUUUUUUUUUUCUCCUCCGAUAAUAUAUGGCUUUUCAAAUCACAUCUUUCUCUUCCUGUGACGUCUCACUCACCACAUCCUGGUUUUGACUUCACAAGACGCCGACAUAUCUGCAGUUUAACGGUUUUCCUGUCAAAUUUCAGUUCACACACAUAUGCUCACAUAUGCUCUUGCGGCAUAUAUUUUCUCACAACGCCAGCUCAAAGUGCAACCACACUGUACGUUAAAUAAUUAUAUACCAUCAUGGUAGGCUACUGUCCAAUCUGUGGGAAGCCCGUCUACUUUGGUGAGAAGAAGAGGUCCUUAGGGAGGGACUACCACCCUCUUUGUCUCAAGUGCCAAAAGUGCAACAGACAACUCACAGCUGGACAACAUGCUGAGUAUGAUGAGAAGCCAUACUGCUCACACUGCUACCUGAAGAUGUUUGGGCCAAGAGGUAACAGGUGACUGGUGUCGCCGUGGCACAGUGCAGCUCCUUCACAGAAGACACCAGACUGAGCCAACAUGGACCAGCGCUGACAUACAAAAGACACACAGGGCCUGUUUACUGGCCGAAAAAUUAGUAAAUUUAUAAAUAAAUAUGGAUGAUACAGAGAUAUUUAACAGUCCAUCCACUUCAGUCAUUUACACUUCCACAAAAUUAAUUAUUUGUAAAUGUGUGAUGACCACUUGAUGCCACGUGUGUGUGAUUGUUCACUUUUAUAAUGUAAUUGAAUUUUGUAUAUUGUAAGUCAGUAUUAAUAAAUGCAUUUUUUUAAACAU